CGCCACUUCUUGCACACACGCACUCUGCACACGCUACGUUCAUCGGUCGGUCCAUCCCAUGUGCCUCAGUCGUCAUUGACACACACACACACACACAUAGGCAGGCAGGCAGGCAACAUGGCUAUGCCAUCAAAGCUUGCAAGUCUGUCAGUCAGUCAGUCAGUCUGUCUGUCAGUCAGUCAGCUGGCCCACCACGUACGUCUGUGGCAGACCAGCAAGGCAGCGCAAUCACCGCUAGAAGAUUCUCCCCCAAGCCUAAGCAUCCCGUCUGAACCCCACAACGCGCUAAUCUCCCCCCUUCCCCCUUCCAACCCCAAUGUGGUGCUGCGCUAGAGCGACUUCUAUGGGCGGUGUGGGUAGCCCGCUGGACUGUGCUGCAUGAUCAACUGCCCACGGACGGGUGGGGCCGCGCCAUAGGCCGAGCGCACCAUCGGCAUCGGCGCCGCAAUGAGUGGAGCGAAGCUGCACAAGCCAUGCAGGGCAAAUCUGUCUAUCCAUUGGUUGAUGUCAUGUUUGCCAGUGUUCUUACGGUCUUGUGUGGUACUGAGGGGGGACGGGCGCGUAUUGGUACCCGCCGGCCGCGAAGGGUCUGCGGGAUGGAUACAAGCAAGUUCCUCCAUCUCUUCCCUCCCUCCUUGUGUGUUUGGCGACAUACCCGGCUGGCAGCGGCAUGGCGGCAGGAGGCGGUCGAAACGGGUGCAGCACCGGAUGCGGGACCACCCUGAGACCAAGCAAGCCAUUCACAGCAUUUGGGUAUCUGUCUGUCUGUCUGUCUGUCUAUCACCCUGCCGGAGGUCGGACGGGCAGCACCGGCGGAUGCACUGGUGGAACGUAACGCACAACCUGCCUGCAAACACGACACCCACAAUCACCCAUCCAUCCGCCCAACAUGCCAUCUCCUCACUUUAUCCCUUCCCCUGCUUACGGCGCCACUACAGCAGCAGGGGGGGCCUCUUGCUGGCCAGCACGCGCCACUUCAGCAGGAGCCUCUUGUUGGCUGGGACCAGGAGCACCAGCAGCCUCUCCCUGCCCUCCCACCCCCGCCCCCGCCCCGGCCGCGGGGCCAGCGGCAGCCCCAGCAGCCUCUCCCUCCUCUUGCCCCUGCAGAUACUUCCACGGGUACAUGUGCCGCUUGAUGAUCUCGGGGUCGGGAGCGCCGUCGGGAGCCAGCCACUCGUCGGGACAGGACGGCACCACACGGUCGCUACGGGCGUACUCGCGGUCAGGCGCCACUGACUGCCGGCGACUGCCGGGCGGAAUGGGAGGGUCUCGGUGCUCGAAGUAGUUGCCGCAGGCGCUCAGCUGGCCGCCUCCGUCCAACAACAGGCCUGACGACGGUGAGGUCAUCCGCAGACACACACAGAUACUUGAAUGGAUGGAAUGCGCAUCUCUCUCCUUCUUUCGUGCGUGGCGUGGACAUUCACCCACAGGGAGGCCAAUUGGGGUCUCGCGUUAUCCUGCAUGAGGUGGAAACAGGAAGGAAAGGAGAUGACAAUGGAGGACCAAAGAUGGUGGGAGCUGGAGGCGCUGCACUCACCAUGGGUUAGGGCCCAGGUACGUCAGCUGACGAAGGUCGACAGGCUGAUUCGACGCCAUCAUGCCCGACGCUAAAGACCUUCCUGCAGAAUGACAAGCAGCCACACAGAUGCACCAGACGUAUCAAUGCAUUGCCUUCAUCGUCAUCACUACCCGCUCCUUGUGCCCUUCUUGCGCCCGUCUGAACUCUAUUCACCGACCAUCCAAUUGCGAGAUCAACGACGAUCUGGCUCAU